AUGCUGGCCCUCGCAUUUUGUCUUGGCGCCGUCACCGGCGGCCUUGCCAUCUUCUGGUGGCAUGGCCAUCGCAUCCGGAGACCAGGGACCCAGGAUGCUAAUGCCGUAGCAGGAGACGAGGACCCGUCGAAGACCUGUAACGAGGAAGGGGGCAAGGUUGCAGAAACCUCUGCGUUUCAGACAGUGUUUAUCUGGUCCCACCCGCGGUCAUUGAGCACCGUCUUGAUGCGGUCUCUGGCAGAACUCCCGUCGAUCGCUACCAUUGUGGAACCGUUUAUGUAUCCGUUUCAAGUCGAUGUGGGGGCAUACCACGGGGUCGAAGAGAAUCCUCCGACUUACGAGCAAGCACUUCACGCUUUGAAGAGCGGACAGCUCUUGUCGGCACCUGCUUCAUCAUCUUCUUCAUCCCACCGGCUUUUGCAAGUCGUCAAAGACAUGCCUUGCCACGGCGGUUUGAAGACCUUGGACAUGGUGCUGAGCUCUCUGCCUGGGGCUAAGCACGUGAUCCUGUUCCGACAUCCACACCGAGCUGUGAAGUCUUACCUGCAUAUUGCUGACUACCCUGUGGAGCUGAUGAGAGCCGACAUUUCCUACUCCGGACUGGUGGAAUACGCGGAACGUUUGACGUCACAGCUCGGAAGCGACAACGUGCUCUUCGUCUAUUCAGAUGAGCUCAUCAGAGACCCGCCAUCCGCUUUGAAGUCCAUUUGCGAGUAUCUCGGCGUGCAGUACAGCUCGAGCAUGUUGUCAUGGGAGCCUGGCCCCCCGGAGUCAUGGGGAGAUUGUGAGACGGUCUAUGAAGGCUGGUUCGAGGGCGUGUUGAAAAGCACCGGUUGGCAGCGGCAGCCAGACCUGGACUUGGACCCAGUCCUCCCGGAUGAUGUGGGCGGCCUUGAAAGGGAGCUCAUUCUAGAGAACAUGUCACCCUUCCAGACGCUCCUGGGCUUUCAUCUGCGACAAAGGCCCCUUCUGUCGGGUCUCCUGGAUGUCGUGCCUGUGAACUGGCUUAGUGCGGAGAACGAAGUCCGUCUAGCUGAGAAGGACUCCGGCCAGUUACCGGGCUUCGGGCGCUUAGUGAAGGAACCCUGCCUGGCGUAUGACGACAGCCAUCCUGUCCCGGACAUCACGCCACCUGCGAUGGCCCUGGCCAAGGAGCGGCAUUUCGCAGAGCCUGACGACGAGGUGGUGAAGACUUCGGAAGCCCGUGCUGCGGCCACAGCCGAAGCCAAGGCGUUCCUGUUUGGGGAAAGACUGGCGAGCUUGGUUUCCUUAAAGGCCGAGAUGUCGCAGAGAUUCCAGGAGCUCGCCGCGACGAUGGCCUGGCAAGGACGCAGCGUCCUCCGAUUUUCGAUUGGAUCGCCGUGGAGCGACGCAACCCGAAUGCAGGGUUUGAUCCAGGAGAAGGCGGAGCUGGCUGCCGACUACCUCAAGAGCCUGGGUCGUGAGGGCAGCUCAGCAUACCACUUCACGGUGUAUUCUCUCAUUAUCAAGCGCUAG